AGUGAAAACAAGUGAACUUGAGCGGUGAAUAACCACUCGAACGCAAACGUUAUCUACGAGAUAUAUUAUUGUAUUCUACGUGUGAGUGUAAACAGUGAAUUGUGAAGUGAAAAUGCCAGCUGUAGGAAUAGAUCUUGGAACGACGUACUCGUGUGUCGGUGUUUGGCAGCACGGGAACGUGGAGAUCAUCGCCAACGACCAGGGAAACAGGACGACGCCAUCGUACGUCGCGUUCACAGACACGGAGCGACUGAUCGGCGAUGCUGCCAAGAACCAGGUAGCUUUGAACCCCAACAACACAGUGUUCGACGCGAAACGGCUUAUCGGACGCAAAUUCGACGACCCGAAGAUCCAAGCGGACAUGAAACAUUGGCCUUUCAAAGUGAUCAGUGACUGCGGUAAGCCGAAGAUUCAAGUGGAAUUCAAAGGGGAAGUGAAAAGGUUCGCGCCGGAAGAAAUCAGCAGCAUGGUGUUGACGAAGAUGAAGGAGACCGCCGAGGCGUAUUUAGGUAGUACAGUGCGAGAUGCGGUGAUCACAGUGCCUGCAUACUUCAACGACGCACAACGCCAAGCUACCAAAGACGCGGGAGCCAUCGCCGGCUUGAACGUUCUACGAAUAAUCAACGAGCCCACAGCCGCCGCCUUAGCGUACGGCCUCGAUAAGAACUUGAAAGGCGAACGCAACGUUUUGAUAUUCGAUCUGGGCGGCGGCACCUUCGACGUGUCCAUCCUUACUAUCGACGAGGGCUCCUUGUUCGAAGUGAAGGCGACGGCGGGCGACACGCACUUAGGAGGCGAAGACUUCGACAACAGACUGGUGAACCAUCUAGCGGAGGAGUUCAAGAGGAAGUACAAGAAGGACUUGCGAGGGAACUCUCGAGCGUUGAGGCGGCUGCGUACAGCGGCUGAACGCGCGAAACGCACACUGUCAUCCAGCACUGAAGCGAACAUCGAGAUCGACGCUCUGUACGAAGGCGUCGACUUCUUCACGAGAGUAUCCCGCGCUCGCUUCGAAGAACUAUGCUCGGACUUGUUCCGAGGCACGCUCGAGCCAGUGGAGAAAGCGUUGAGAGACGCGAAGAUGGACAAGAGUCAAAUCCACGACGUUGUCCUCGUAGGGGGCUCCACUCGGAUCCCUAAGAUCCAGAACUUGCUGCAGAACUUCUUCUGUGGGAAGAAAUUGAACUUGUCCAUCAACCCAGACGAGGCGGUGGCCUACGGAGCGGCUGUCCAGGCGGCGAUCCUGUCCGGAUCGAACGACACGAGGAUUCAAGACGUACUUCUGGUGGACGUGGCGCCACUGUCUCUGGGCAUCGAAACAGCCGGAGGAGUGAUGACGAAGAUCAUCGAGCGAAACAGCAAGAUUCCUUGCAAGCAGUCUCAGACGUUCACCACCUACUCGGACAACCAGCCGGCUGUGACCAUCCAAGUGUACGAGGGAGAGCGAGCGAUGACUAAGGACAACAACCUGCUGGGCAGAUUCGACUUGACCGGCAUUCCACCCGCGCCGCGAGGAGUCCCGCAGAUCGACGUCACCUUCGACAUCGACGCCAACGGUAUUCUGAACGUAUCCGCCAAGGAGAACGGCACAGGAAGGAGCAAGAACAUCGUCAUAAAGAACGACAGGGGACGUCUGUCGCAAGCGGAGAUCGACAGGAUGUUGGCGGACGCUGACAAGUACAAGGAGGAAGAUGAGAGGCAGAGACAGCGCGUCGCAGCUCGCAACCAGCUCGAGUCGUAUGUGUUCAGCGUGAAACAAGCGCUGGAUGAUGCGGGAGACAAGCUGAGCGAGCAGGACAAGGACACGGCGCGGCGCGAGUGUGAAGAUGCACUCAAGUGGCUGGACAAUAACGCACUCGCUGAACAGGAGGAGUUUGAGCACAGGCUGAAGGAGCUGCAGCGAGUCUGCUCGCCGAUCAUGAGCAAGAUGCAUGGCGGCGGCCAAGGGAGGAUGCCCGGUGGGGCACAAGGAGGAAUGCCUGAUGGUAUGUCUGGAGGAAUGCCAGGAGGAAUGCCAGGAGGUAUGCCUGGAGGAAUGCCCGGAGGUAUGCCUGGAGGAAUGCCCGGAGGAAUGCCCGGAGGAAUGCCCGGAGGAAUGCCUGGAGGAAUGUUUGGCGGUAUGCCUGGAGGAAUGCCCGGAAGUAUGCCCGGUGGGAUGCGAGGAGGUAUGCCUGGAGGUAUGCCCGGCGGAAUGUUUGGCGGUAUGCCAGGAGGAAUGCGAGCGGGCAUGCCUGGAGGUAUGCCCGGAGGAAUGCCUGGAUACCAUCAAAACAACGACGGCCCAACUAUUGAAGAAGUGUACUAAGUACCUGAUUUAUUAACUAGUUAUUAGAUUUGUAAAUUGUGCUUUAAAAGACUGAUGUAAUUAAGUUUUAUUUUAAGUCAAAAGAACUUGUGAUCAUUUGUUGGAUAGAAGUAAUAAAAAAAUAUGAAUAACUUUA